AUGUCUAAGGUAAAGAGUAGUGAGACGAAGGUUGUGGUUCGCUGUCGACCGUUAAACCGGAAAGAGGCAGCUGGUGUUGCCGGGACACCAGGAGGAAGGGGCGGGAUCGUAGAGAUGGAUGUACAUCGGGGUCAGGUGGUCUUACGGAACCCUCGCGCUCUGCCCGGCGAGCCGCAGAAGACGUUUACGUUCGACUCUGUGUAUGACGCAUCGUCUAGACAACGUGACCUGUACGAUGAGACGGUACGCCCGCUGAUCCACUCUGUCCUGGACGGGUUUAAUGGAACCAUCUUUGCCUACGGCCAGACGGGCACCGGAAAGACCUACACCAUGCAGGGCGCGUGGCUAGAGCCAGAGAGGCGGGGCGUCAUCCCCAACGAACACGUCUUCACCCAGAUCUCCCGCUCCGCCGCCGACCGCCAGUACCUGGUCAGAGCCUCUUACCUGGAGAUCUACCAAGAGGAGAUCAGGGAUCUACUGGAUCCUAACUCCCCCCACACCCUGGAGCUGAGAGAGAGUCCGGAGAGCGGGGUGUAUGUGCGUGACCUGACGUCGUGCGUGUGUAAGAGCGUGAAAGAGAUAGAGGAGCUGAUGAACUUAGGGAACCAGGUGCGCUCGGUGGGAGCGACAGACAUGAACGAACACUCUUCCCGUUCCCACACCCUGUUCCUCAUCACGGUGGAGUGUUCCCAGACGGGGCCGGAUGGACGGCAGCACAUCAGGGUUGGCCGGCUCAACCUGGUUGACCUGGCGGGCAGCGAGCAGCAGGCAAAGACGGGCGUCCACGGAGAACGCCUGAAGGAAGCCGCUAAGAUCAACCUGUCUCUGUCAGCGCUAGGCAACGUGAUCUCAGCCCUGGCAGACGGGCGUAGCGGCCAUGUUCCCUAUCGGGACUCUAAACUGACCCGGUUAUUACAGGACUCUCUGGGAGGGAACGCCAAGACGGUGAUGGUGGCUACACUAGGCCCCGCCCCCCAACACUACGAGGAGACCCUCACCACUCUCCGCUAUGCUAACAGAGCUAAGAACAUCAAGAACCAGCCAAGAGUUAACGAAGACCCUAAAGACGCCCUGCUCAGAGAGUUCCAGAAGGAGAUCGCACGGCUCCGCGCACAGCUCAGCCACAGGGAAGGGAGGGGCAAACACAGGAAGGAGGAAGGGGAGGAGGGAGAAGAGGAGGUGGAGAAGGAGAAGGAGAGGAAGCUGCAGAAGGAGAGGCUGGAGGAGGGCUGGGACGGAGAAGGGGAUGAGGAGGGAGAAGAGGAGGUGGAGAAGGAGAGGAAGCUGCAGAAGGAGAGGCUGGAGGAGGAGAAUAAGGCCAUCAGAGAAGAUGGAUCACUAUUGGCUGUGGAGAAGCAGAGGCUUCUGGGAGAGAAGGAGAUAAUGAUGGGAGAUCUGAGGAAGGAGUGGGACACCACCGAGCAGUUGACUGCCAAAUACAAG